UGUACAUUUGUGCAUCUGACAGGACGAGAUAGGUAACAUGUUCUAUGCAAACUGCUAUUGUUUGAUCACAUGUUGAUCUGCCUUUGGCUCAAGGGAACCCGAGAAUGGUUAUCGCAAACAAUGAUGAGGUCCUGAACCUGACACAGAGGAAAGCAAGGAGCGGCUGCUUGCUUUGCUCCCCCAAAAAGAAAACAUUGGGAAAGCCCUCCAAAAUGGAGUCGAAAGAUGUUAAAACCCGUGCAGUUCAUGGCAAGUCAUGGGAAAGAGGCAAUUUGAUGCUGUUUGCAACAGCAUUGUUGAGGACUGACUUGGCCUCAUGGUUGUGCUUGUCGAUUGAAUUAUGCACUCAGAUGUUUGUGGCCUUGUUUGGAUUGUACCAUUUCAAAUUGAAUCAAGACCAUUCCAUCGCGUUGGCAUUCGUUUUCUGGCAUUUGGCAUUCACUUGUCAGGCUGUUUGGCACAAGCCUUCAGUAGUCAACGCCAUGGCUUCGUGCGUUUCGUCCUUUCGUAGUUUGAUUCGAUCUUCCGAGUUCACAGCUGUCAGAGCGGCCCGCCCCUUGUGGGAUCAUGGCGAGGCCCUCACUGCGUCCAGCCUCGAGGUCAGAAAAGCCCCUUGCGAUUUGAGCAGCCUUGAUAAGGCUCCUCCUGCCUUCAAAAGACAGAGGCAAAUGAGUUGCAUCGACUACGAGGCUUACAAGAUGACAGAGAUAGAUGAAAUCGCAUGUCCGUGGGAUGAGGAAUCUAGGCCAAUCCGAGCAAAGGAUCCUGAAGAUUGCUUUAAGAAGGCACGCGAGCACAAAGUAUUUUUCAAGGACGUCCGUUACUACUUCUUCCAAUACGAGCCUGAUGAUGAUGAGAACCCCGUCACAUGCUUUGUGGAGUCUCCAUCCUUUCCUUGUGAGGAGGACAUCUUCGAGGAAAUGCAAGACAUAGAGGAGGGAAUCCUCAAGGCCAUAGACUUGUCAGCAGUCUGGUUCUGGAAGAAAGUGACUUGAGGCUGCGGGUAGAGAGUGUCACUUGUGUGUCACCUGAAUUGGCAGAGCCAUGUCAAAAGUGGGCGUGUCCUCUUUUUCACAUGUAAAGAGGACGUGUCGAUGCUUCACUGCCUGUACUCUUUUUCACCCAUUUCUGGACGUGUCGUGCUUGCUUUCGUGUGCAUGCAGGAGACUGCAGCCCUGGCGAUGCAGCCCACCUGUGCAGGCCAGCAGCUGCUGCUAGAUUGCAUUUGGCAGUCAACAUGGG